UGCUCAUUUUAAAAUGUUAUAUAAACCAAUUAAAAUAUCUUGGUAAAUUGUUUUUACCUACGCAUGAAAAGAGCAUUGCGUAAUUGCGUGCGCUUUAACAAAGAGAAGAAACACUGAGCCAGCAGAUGGCAUCGCGUGAGCUAUGACGCAACACGCGCACCCGCCUGACUCCAGCAGCUCCCUCAGAUAUCCGUCGCUCCACCCGAGAAGCAUGAUGUGACCGUGAUAUACACAGCCACCUAAAGACAGAAAGACAACAACAUUCUCCUUCUCCGUGUCACUGAGUGCAGUUAUGUCUGAGACGCCAUGCCAGAUCUUUCGGGGUGUGUGCUCCUCGCCGCGCUGCUGAUUUUCUGCGAGGAUGGGUACGUGAGGAGAGCGGAGGGUGGGGUGCUCGCCUCGCUGUCGGAGGAGGACAAUGCCAGCGACACACAGACGUCCCCGCUCAAGGGACAGGGGGAUGCGACGGUGCCUCCAUCAGAGUCGCUCCUGACCCUGAAGAUUUGGGUUAAAGAUGCGUCUAGCCAGAGGUUCGUGAAAGGAGCUCUGGUGAGUGUGUUUUUGAAUGGAUCCCAGAUUCACUCCAGCCAGACUCUGGAGAAUGGGGAGGUCACGGUCACUGUUCCAUACCACCUUGGCCUGACCCUCACUCUGGUGGCCAGCAUGGAGGGUUAUGUGCUCACCCAGCUGCCUUGGAAAACCACCAAGAUGCCCAUUUUUUCUGUUAUUACAAUGUCCCUGCGCCCUCAAACACAAGGGAACAUCUGGCUCUUUGAUGAUACUGUGCUGAUAACUCGAAAAGCAUCUGAUCUGUCAUUUCAACCAAGUGUACAGUUUCCCAAAAGUCUCCUCAAACUGUCUGAGAACACUACCAUCUCCAUGUUGUCAGCCUAUCUGACAGUUCCAACCCUGCCUACAGAAAAAGACUCAAAUUUCUUUACUCUAAACCAGAGCGGUAAAGGAGGUUAUAGGAAUGUCAAGUUAAACCCCUUGGCUAUGAUCAGUGCCCAGUUAGUGUCUAAUGGAAAAGAGGUUGACGUCAAAGGACCCAUUCAGCUCAAAAUACCACUUCCCUACAACACCCACAUCCGACCAUCUGACUCGCUGCCUGCUUGGACCUUCAACAUGACCAUAGGUACCUGGGUAAAUAAAGGUAUAGGCACUGUUCAGAUGGAGACAAAUGGCCUAGUCUGGAAUUACGUAGCACCUCAACUUGGUAACUGGAUUGCUGCACCACCACCAUCAUCAGGUUAUAUGGGGCUCGCAAGCUCAAUGGAUUUCAUUUCCUACCACACAUACCUUCUUGUGGGUAUCUUGGGAGGAACUCUUGUGAUAGUCAUUGGAUUUUUAUCUGUGAUUGUAUUUCACUGCAGAGAUUUAAACUAUGAAGCUGGAAGAAAGCGAUGGAAUUCCACCAGGCUCACUGUACUGAAGAAAGACCAGACCACUUCCACCAGCUCUGAUGAGGCUCAAGAACUUUUCUUUCAUAAUGGGGACCGGUCUUACUCUCUGGCUGCAAGAGGCAUCGGCCACGAUGCAUCAGACUCUCCACGACACCAAGCCAACUACAACAUUUAUGUGGAAAAUAUUGGCCGGCCAGCGGGCAAUCUGUACGAGAAUAUUGGAGCUGUGGGAUUAGAAAGCUUCAGAGCCGCAGUGUCUAAUCUCUAUGUUAAUAGUGACGAAGUUGCAAAGCUACGGGAAAAAUCUGAACAGAAUGGCUCACGCCAGAAUGGUGCGGAGAAUGUAGUUUUCAGAGACAAGCUGUUCCACAUCUAUAACCAGUCUGUGGCAAUUGUACCGGCCCCAGAGUUGUUCACUUCCCAGGGACAAGCUGACCCAUCUGGAAGUAGAUCUGCCACUUUCCCACGGAAUGGCAUGGAGCAUGGAGCUCAGACAGAGCGUAACUUAAAAGACAGUUUCACUCAGACAUUACCUAAAGUUCCCCAGCAGGACAGUGACGAGCAGCAGGCUCUGGAAGGAGCACAAGCCGCUGCUGCAAACCCAGGGUUAUGGGGCCGCUACAGUCAUCUCCUGGAAUCCGUAUCUGUCCCAGGAACUUUGAACGAAGCAGCCAGAAUGGGGCCUUUCCGGGGGGAACUCCAGGGAAUAUCAGAGCAAACCUUGCUGGAGCUCUCCAAGGGUAAGCCGUCCAUUCACCCGCCCCGGGCCUGGUUUGUGUCUCUGGAUGGUAAACCAGCAGCCCAGGUUCGUCACUCUGUGAUUGAGCUUCAGGGAAGACAUCGUCCAGGCAGCAGCAAUGACACAAGCUUGGACUCUGGAGUGGACAUGAACGAGCUGCAGCAGCCUCUGCGGAAAAGCGAGGAACCUUCAAGCUCUAGCAUGGCUAAAAUAAGUGGAAAUCAAGAGCAGGACUUGAGCAGCAGUGAAAUUGGGAGUCCCGAGGACACGUCCCUGAGGAACACCCUGGAAGGCAGUAGUGCAGCCAUUCCCAACAUCCCAGAAGACAGGGAUGCAGGGGACACCUCUAGCGAGUCCAAAUCUACCCCUCCACCACGGAGACUGCGGAAGGUUCGAGACAAGAAGCCUGACAAGAAGACAUCUCGACACAUGAGGGAGGAGAGACCCCAAAUGAAACACUAACUGAAUAACCUGCGUGUAGCUGUAGCUUUUUGGCGUCUGAAAAUGGUUUUGAUCAAAUUGCCUUAUAACAUAAACAUCAGGAAGAAUGAAUAAAACAAAAAUGCCUGUCUUGCCGUAGCUCAAAGUCAAUUAUUGUGGUUAUGCUGUAUCCAGCAUCUUGUCAGCAGUUCAUUUGUACACAAUUUCCCAACCACACUGUACAAUGUUUUUAAAAACUUCUUUGAAAGAACAUAUUUGUUUACCUUCAAAAGUACAUUGUAAAAGUAUGUAUAUAUCUAUAUAUCUAAGUAUUUUUAAACAUUUGUUGCCCUGGGAGCACAAUGCUUGUACCCACAAUGCUCUUCUAUUGAGUCUGAAAAAUUGUUUAAAUGCUAUCAAUUUGGAUCUCUUGACUCGCUUGUAAUUAGUUUUUGAUCUUCAAUUCAGUUCUCCAGACAUUAAAAUGUAACGCAAGGAACUGCCACACAGUGCCAUAAACAAUUAUAAAAUAAAUUGUGAAAAAAAUUAGCACUGUUAAGCUAAGCACUAUAUAUUCUCCAAUUCAGAAAGAGCACCAGUGUGUUGCAAAGAGUUUUCUGAGGGAGCGACUAAGGCCUUUGAGGUCAUAUGCCGCUUUAACACACUGUACUUAUUUAUGUAUUAUUGCUAGUCACAUUUGCAUGCCGUCCAUUGUGAUGCUUUUAUCAUUCAAUGUUUUCAUGUUUAAGAAUGUAGUACCCAAAAACAUCAACGAUAUGUCUCGGGUUAUGGUUUACCUUACCAAGGCCAGUGCUGGAAGCACAGCUGUACAGGUCAUAAACCUAGUAUAUUAAGAUGUUUCUUGUGCUAAUGUGUUUUGUGUGUGAAAUAUUUCUUCACAAAUUGACAACAAAUCAUUAUCAACUCAUGUAUUGAAUGUGUUGGAGCUUUUUUAGCUUUAUUAUUUUGGACAAUUAAUUGUAACUGUUUAAUUCUUAUUGACAGUUACAAUAAAACACUAGCUUCUUGUAGUCAGGCAGCAAAUUUGAACUAAGAUGGUUUGACAUUAUAAAUGAAGUAUGACCGAGGAGAGAUUGCAUUGUUUUAAUGUAAUUUAUGUUGUAUUGUAGCAUUUAUUAUUUCAUUAAUUGUAAUAUAUUUUAAUGAUUUCUCAACACACUGGUUUAAAUGGCUCAUGAGCCAUUCCUGGAUGCUUUAAAGUACAGCUUGUAAUCUGCCUUUUUGUGCACAUUUAAUAAAGGUACUUGACCAAAAAUAAAAAUACUCACGAGUUUUAUGUACUUAGAAUUAAUGAAAGCAUACCUUUUUUUUUUUAACCAUAUAAAUAAACAUUAAAUACUUAAAUGUAAAUGACAAUAAUAAAAGUACUGUCUCUUAUACCA